AAAUGAAUGUAAAAUGAAAUAAUGAAUAUUAAUUUAUGAAGUAUUAUGUAUCGAUCAAUUACGAUUCACAGAUUGUUCGAUAUCGGUAUCCAGGUGAAAGUGUCUUUGUAUAUUUGAAAUUAUAUACUUUGAAUACUACUCACGUUUUAUUUCGACCGCUUCCGUGGUAUAUAACUCCCCACGAUAUAACUUUUCAUUCAAAUAUUGUCUCGAUUUUUGUUACUGUCAAGAUCGGCGUCUUCUUCUUUAACUUUGAUAUCGCGAUGUGGAAAUAUACAAUAAUCUGUAGCUUAUUAUGCAGCUUGGUAGCAAUGGAAGCACCUGUGCAAGGUGGUAUAAAGCCUACAAAUGUUUUGGGUGGACCAGAACAACACGCAUCUUUUAGUUUUGUCAGGCCAGGAUUAACUCAAACAUCAUUUUCCUUCGGUGGUCCGAGCUCUUAUCAAUCCUUUAGUUCGAGUAUUGGAAAUCCUCAAUUAGCUCAAAGAGUAUUGCCGAGUCUGGCACAGGCUCUUGCUUACAAAAAUCCUGGUUUGGGCUUUUUUCCGUUUGGACCUGUCUCUCAUGGUUAUGCAACUGCAUCAAUAGCCCCAGGUCUUUCUGCCUCUGGUCCUGCACCUUUACCGUAUCAAGCACAAUUUGAUCAGGGCGCUGCAUUGGCGUAUCUUCAACAAUUGCAACAAUUGCAACAAUUACAACAAGCUCAAGUACAAAAUUAUCCGAAUGUCGUUUAUCAGGGACAAUUGGGACAGCUUCUUGCUCUCAGGCAAGCUCAGGCGCAAGCGCAAACUCAAGCUCAAGCUCAAGCUCAAACUCAAGCGCAACAGGUCCAAACGCAACAGCUCCCAGAGCAAAUUCAACUUCAGCAAGAACAUGUACAACAACAGCAACAACAUCAAUCGCAAAACUUAUUGGGGGUUGCUUAUUCGUCGGCACCUUCUGUAGCACACGUCAAGGUCAGCGGAAAUGGAUACAAAUUCGAUUUUUAAAAAACAUGAUUCGGCAUCAU